AUGCGCAGCUACGUCGCCUCCGUCGUCGCCUGCCUCGCGGCCAGCGCCGCCGGUCACUCGUGGAUCGAAUGCACCGACUACCGCAUGGCGGCGCCCGACCAGCCAUGGGACCCGACGCUCUGCAAGGGCCGCCCGCGCUGCAGCGAGCGCCAGACGGCCGCGGGCUUUGGCGUCGAUACAGGCAUGAACAUCGAGAAGAAGCAGUGCCAAUGCGCCUACGGCUCGGACGCCGGCAAGGCGAUCCCGACAGCGACGUACACGCCUGGGCAGCGCGUCUGCCUCGCGUACCCGCCAAAGACCCACGUCGCGGAUACGUGCACGGGCGCGUUCAUCCCGGACCAAGAGACGAUCAUUUCGCGGACGGCUCUCGGCGCCACGACCGACGACUUCAGCGGAAAGACGUACGAGCACCUCAAUGGCAAGCACGUCGACGGUACGAUCGACCACAAGGGUUUCCAGAACUGCCAAAACUUUUGCGCCGACAAGGACAAGGCGCUCUGUACCAUGUGCUUUGACCUCGAAGCCGACAUUGCGCCCGGCAAGUACAGCUUCAAGUGGGACGGCCGUGGCGCGACGCCUGUCGCCGCGGUUGCCACGACGGCUGCCCCGCCUGUCCCCGUUGCGUCGUCCAACUCGACACCUGUGACGAGCGCCGUGCCAGCGGCGCCCUCUCCACAGCCGUCGACUUCGCUCGCACCAAACGCGACGCCAUCCACGACGUCCCGCGCAUGCGAACAUUUGAAACAGGCCGCUCUCGCCAUGCAGUGCCCCGCCAUUUGA